CCCAGUGUAGGAGCAGCAGCAGAGAACUAAUGGCUAGGCUUCUUAUUCUUAUUUUCCUCCAGCUCACAGACGUGCGCUUACGAGCUAGUGUCACUGUUUGAGCGCCGGUGCGUGUUCGCGGGCAUGGCCAGGUAUCAUGGGAAUACAGCUGUCCACGUUCCACUGGGAAACACUAUGUUGAUCACACCUUACUUGACCAUCUGAGGGUCAGUGUUCUUGACAGGGGGAAAAAAAGUGAAUGAUAAGAAAGCUGUAAUAAAGGACUGUGAAAGUGCAGCGCACGCCGACUCCUCGAUCCUCGCUGUUUCAGCAUCUUCUGUGUUGGAUGGCUCUGAAUGAGAAGGUGGAGUAAUGGACGUCCAUGAGCCAUCCAUCACUGUCACCAUGAGGCAGCUCAAAGGGUAGGGUCUGCCGUGAGCUCGCCUCACCUUACCCUCCCACUCCCAUCAGCUGCACCUCAGAGAGAAGCAUAACCCUUCAGUUCUGCCCAUCUUCUCAAACCCCCCCACCACCUCAACACCAUUGGAAGACCAACAUGGCGAGCAUUGCGAAGACGCUGGUCGAUGUCUGAUAUAUGUACCUCUAAGGUGUCGAGCGUAAAACCAGUGGAGCAAUGAAUGGCGGAAAGGACUGCGAGGCAGGAGAUGAGCGGCAGGCCGGCCCUGUCCAGGUCCCCAUUGGCUGGCAGCGAAAGACGGAGCAUGGCGGAGGCGUCAUCUACAUUAGUCCCAGUGGCUCAGUGCUGUCCAGUUUGGAGCAGGUCAAAACCUACCUGCUGACAGAUGGAACCUGCAAAUGUGGCCUGGAGUGUCCGCUCAUUCUCCACAAGGUGUUUAACUUCAGCCCAGGGACAGUUGUUAAGCAGAGGACAGCCGAAGAUGUUAAAGCAGAUGAAGAUGUCACCAAACUCUGCAUUCACAAGCGGAAGCUUCUGGCCGUGGCCACUCUGCAUAAGAGCAUAGAAACACACCCGCCGUUAACGCUGACCAGCCCAGGGGGAGGUACAUCGUCUGUGGUCGCCACGCAUUCCACGACUCAACGAGCAAUAAGGACUAAACUCCAUGAUGGCUUGUCUAGUGCAUUUGGCCCUGAAAGCAAAAAUCCUUUUAAGAUGAUGAUAGCAUCUGGACAGCAGCAGCGGCUCUAUGCACCCCAGGAGACUGGUGGAGUCCUGCAGCCAGAGGUCUACCCUGGGUACCCUAGGCAGCAGAGACUAAAUAGUAGUGAGCCAGGCACCAAAUCCCCCUACCGGGCUGGCUAUGGAGGCAUGCUGAGUCCACCCCCUUCUAGUGCCAGACUUUAUGCAGAUGGAUCACAGUCUCCCAGUGCAGACACUCUGGCCAGCCCUGAGGGUUUUCCAAGGACUAAUCCUUGUGGAUUUCCAGGAGCUGGUAGCCCCAGUUCAACCACUGUCCUUGGGAAUACCAGGAUGCAUCUUUCCCCACCCGGUGUGAUGCUUCAUGGCUCUCCUGCAGGCCAGCCAUCUUGUGCUAUGACAGGGAGGACUAGCACACCCCUUUCUCCUACGGCCACUGCCAAAAGUCCUGUAAUGAACAUGCCACGGGGGACCUACCCGUCUGCGAUAGAUAUUCCCCGAGCAGCGUUCCACCACAAAACACAGCCUCCUGUACAUCCUGUACCACCACCACCCUGCACGCUUCAGAAAAGGCAGUUGACCUCUGAAAAAGACCCCUUAGGUAUCUUGGACCCUAUUCCUAGCAAACCUGUUAACCAGGCCCCUACCAGUGCGCCAAAUCCCUCAAAUUUCCAGCCUAGUAUCCACUCUCAGGUACCAAUGAUGAAUGUAAACAUACCCCCUCCUGCCAUUGUUCCCUUGCCAAGCAACUUACCUUUACCCACAGUGAAGCCUGGGCCUGUGGGGCACAGUAGCCACAUUCAAAGAACUCAACAGGCCGGACCGGCCUCCAUGUCUCCUUCCCCUGUUACUUCCCCUGUACACAUGGCUGGGCCUGCUGUAGGAAGGAUAGAAGUCUCUCCACAUCGCUCUCGAUCCUCCUCCACAUCCUCUGAACAUGGGAACUUUGCUAUGCCUUCGGGGCACCAAGCCCCUUGUGGCACUAUGAAGGUUCCACCUCGUUCCCCCAGGUCAGCCAUGGGUUCCCCCAGACCAGCCAUGCCCUCCAGCCCCUCCAGUAAAACUGACCCACUUCACCAAUACAAAGACUCCCAGUUGUUGUCUGGAAUGGGAAACUCGAUUGGCACGCAACAGCACAGCAACCCCAUGUACUCACCCACCUCUUCAUCGUCCUCAUCAUCCUCUUCUCUCGCCACCCCCAGCGCUUCCCAGAAGGGCCACCCAGGACUCCUGGGGAUGCCACUCAACCAGAUCCUCAACCAGCAAAAUGCCGCUUCCUUCCCUGCCAGUAGCCUCCUUUCAGCGGCGGCCAAAGCACAGCUUGCAAAUCAAAACAAACUUGUAACUGCAGGCAACUGCACUUCUGACAUAGCUGGCAGUGCUGUUGGUAUGGUAAGCGUAGGGACAGGUGGUGGAAGUAAUGGAGGGAGCAGUGGACACCCAGGCUCUCUGAGUGGCCCUCGAAGCAUGGAGGGACACGGCACUUUAAACCCCAUGCUCCCGCCAAAUUCCACCAUGCUACUCAACAGUCCUGAGGGCCAGAGUGGUCGGGCUGCACUGCGAGACAAGCUGAUGGCCCAACAGAGAGACCCCCUCCGUAAACGCAAGCAGCCAUCUGGCAGUUCUGCUCUAAACCAUGACACUGGUAACAACAUGGUCUACAACAUGCUCAACAAACCAGCAGUGGGAGUGCCCCAUAUGCCUGGGCCGAGUGCAACAGAACAGUUACGGAAAGUGGGUCGAAUUGGAAAUCUUCCGCCAAAUACCUCCAUGGCACAGCUCCUCCAGUCCAUGAGCUGCCAGAGCUCCCAUAACAUGACUGCGAACAACCAUCGUCCCGGCCUCAGUCCUGGAUCAGGCCCUGGUCCCCAAGGAGCCACAUUGCUUCACUACGACAGUAUGCCCAUGGUCCCUGGUGCCCCCCAGCAGAACCUCUUAGCCCAACAGAGGCUCCGGGGUCCAGGAGACACCAUGCAGCACUGCCAGAGCAUGGACUCCUCUGGGGGCCACCUAAACCCUCGCCCAGGCCAGUUCCCUGACAUGAUCGCACACAUGCAGGCUUCGUCCAUGAGUAACUGCGGGCCUGUAGGCCCCGAUGGCACGCCGUUAGGACGCCCCAACACUAACCCCCCACCUUUGUCCCACCCAAGCACUCACUCCUCACAGCAGAGCAUUCUUCGUGGUAUGGCUCGGACUAAUAUGGUGCUGAUGCCACAUGGAGGCAGUGAUGGAGGCUGUCCACAGGCUGGUGACACAGUGAACCAGUCCUCGCUUGGCUGCAGUAUGGCCACCUUGCAGCCUCACAUCAACAGCAGCGGAGGCCCGAUGUACCAGCAGCAAGUCCACCAGGGCAUACAGCAGGGCGUGGCCUCCCAUCCAGCCUACCAGAGCCAGCAGCACUUCUCCGACAACCCGCCCUACACAGACAUCAACAACGGCAACGCUCUUUCCAUUGCCUGCCUCUACCAGAACUACCAGCAGGGAAUGUUGACGCAUCCCCAGUUUGGGGAAGGGCAGCCUCCUCCUGGUGAUGGGCUUCCAGCAGGUGCUCCUGUCUCAGAGAGGAUCCCCGGAGGUGGCACAGGGUCCGUGGAUGCCAUCUACAGGGCCGUAGUUGACGCUGCCAGCAAAGGCAUGCAUGUUACCAUAACAACCACAGUAAGCGGGACAACGCAGGCGAGCCCCGUGCCUGCCCUCAGUGCGAUGAGUGCUUUCACUGCCUCCAUAGGGGAACCCGUCAACCUCCCGCAAGCAGUUAGCGCGGUGCUCCACGGGCACCAGGAAGGGGAGGCAUUACCCCAGCAACCCAGGCCGAGGCAAGCAAGGCCAGGACAGAGUCAAAAGCCCAUAGAGCCAGGGAAGAAUACUCCAGACGGUCACGAGGCCAACGACUACUUCCGUUCCCCUGGACGUGGAACCCCCCGGGGGCAAUGGGAUGGGGAAAUGCAGCACGGGGGAGGCUUUGACACUCACAGCAACAACAGCUCCUGGGGUGGGGAGGAGUUCCUGGAGUGCUCCACUCAGGUGAGAAGUAGUCCGUGUAUGGAGCGACCCACCAGCUUGGCUCCUGCUCCAUCCUGCCCCACUGAGGGGUCCAACAACAACGGCCUGGCCAUGGCGCACGAUAAGACCUUUCUUGAUGAUGGUUACCGCUACAACAACUGUAACCGGACACCUGCUAACUACAAGGAGCGUUUGGAGCAAACGGUGGAACGCUGCGCCCACAUUAAUGGCGCAACACCUCACUUCAACACCCGCGGUUAUGGAGAAGUCCUGGGGCCUCCGCGGCAGGAAUUGACCGGGGAUGACCAGUCACCCAGUUCAUCCACAAGCCUGGAGGGGCCUCUGGCCACAGCCAAAGACUACAGUCACUACAACGGUCAUUUCAACGGUAUGGCACCCAGCCCCUCAGACACAAAGAGCCUAAGCAGUGAGGAGGACUUGCGGCAGCCGGACUCGCCCUCCUCGGAGCUGCUUCACUAUCGGUCCAGGACCUUCAACAUGGGAGAGUUGGUCUGGGGCCAGCUGAAGGGCUUCCCACCAUGGCCUGCCAAACUGGCCGGAGAAGAACAAGUGCACAGCGCUGCUCUGCAGCUGCGGGAGCAGGCCAAGUUGGAGCCAGAGAAGCUAAAAACACUAACUCAUGACUUGGAAGCGUUCGACCGAGCCGCCAAAAGAAGCUUAAAUCGGCCGGGGAAACUGAAUAAUCACUUGGAAGCUGCUAUCCAUGAAGCCAUGAGUGAGCUGGAUAAGAUGUCGGGCUCGGUGAGUAUUUACACCUCUGCUGUAAGAUCGAGGCCUCGUCCCGAAGCGUCACUACGUUUGUUCUCAACCAUCUGUCCUCAGAUCCCUCCGAGGGAUCGUCAGGUCAAACUCCCCAAACCUAAGAGGAGGAAGAUCUCGAGAUAACAUUGAAUGUGUUGGCGGUGAACGUCCUUGAAGCCUUGGGAGACGUCGUUGGUUUGGCCUUGACGCGAUCUGAGCUCUCCAACAGGUGCUACACUCGGACUUUCGGUGGUACAUCGUUGUUCCAUGAUACCAACUUGACUUUCGACUGACUCGCAGAAGGUGCUGGAGAUUCCAAUCACCGAUGCAGUUUUAACUGUAGGAAGAAAAAAGACACGAAACAAAACAGUUGCAAUUUGUCUACAGCUCACUGAAUUAACUAUUUUUUUCUAGUAUAAGAUAGUAAAAGAAACAAAAAAAGUUACAAACAUUACCUUACAUAUUUAAGAACAUAGACAGUCCAAAUAUUUCUGAUACAUUUUCAAUGUGUACAUAGUAAUCCUGAAAUUUCAUGCUAUUAAGAAUUGUAUGUAAAUAUUGUACAAUGUCAUGUACAAGCGUACCUAAUGCACAUUUUAUCUUUUAUUGUACAAAAACAAAGCAGAAGUGUACCAAUGUCUUGGUUUCUAUUCAGAAGUGCGGCUGCAUACGGCCGCACGCAUAGGACAAAUAAAAAUAAUGCUUUUAUAUGACGAACUGUACGACGGCGGCAGAACAGGCGUGAGUUUGAGUUCUCCAUUACGCUAGUCACCUCACACCAGUCAAAGUGUUCAUUUGUAUUAAAAAGAAAAUGACAAACAGAAUGAACUUUACCAGCAGAAAGUGUUCAGCGUUCUCCAAAAAAAAAAAAAAGUUAAAAAAAAUCUUUCCGUUUGGUGUUGAACGGUUUUGGUUGAUUUUCCAAUCACUGUAUCCAGGAGACAAAAGAAAGGAAAAAUCCACCUGCCCAUAAACACAAACUCUCAUGUUUUCCGUGUGUAAAUCCCUCCCCCCAAUAACGAUGAACAAAUCAGAAUUUUUAGCUUUUGCUUCACCUCUGUCAGUUUGACUCUUGUACCAGUGGGAGGAGUCCUUAGUUUGUUUUCCUCACGUGUUGUGGAUUUGUGAGUUAAUAUAACAAAUGUGUUGGAAAUCGGCAAAAUAUUUUUCUUGAUAAGUAGUGCAACUAUAUUAGCAAAACUGUAACUGCCAUGCUAUUGGUUGUUAGGAUUAUAUAUAUAUUAUUUAUAACAUUUAAAAAAACUUAGUACAGCUCUUAAUCCUGUGGGGUCCACAGACCCACCGAGGUGUCCAGGCCAUUUUACGAUAACUUCAAAAAUUCUACUUUUCAGGUACUUGCAUGUCGUAUAAUGCCCGUGCGUUGCAUAUAAAAAUGUUCAGAACAAUCUCAGUUUUCUGAAUGCGAGAGAUAUAUUUGUCAUGAACACUGUACAAAAGGUAUAACUUGGCUUGGAAGUUUAAAAUGUGAAACGUGUUUUUAGAAAUUUUUCAGAUCUUUUGUGAAUAUACACCUGACUUGUCUGGGGACCACAGAGGGUUAAUAACUCUGCAAGCUGGCUGCUUGUAUAUGUACAUACGAGUAUCAGUUUCCCUGUUUGAUUGAAGUUUAGGGAACACUCUGGUCAUUAUGUUAAGCUGCCGACAGAAUAAAUCUAAAGCUAGUCGUUUUACUCCUGAUGAGCAUUUUAUUGACAGACUGAGCUGUUACAACAGUUUACACUGGCCCGGUGUCACCGUUAUUCCCUCCCUUGCUGAGACGCCCAGCAUGGAGCCGUUCAUGACUACUUAAUUUCUGCUACGCACAAAGCUGCCUGUGCGCUACAUGGUAAUAUGAUAGGAAAGUGCGUUACACCAGGGUCGUAGAGAAAUGCGUGUAAUAUUACAGCAUUUAUGGAGCGUUUGCAUCACAAUUGCGCGUCAAACAAGAGUGCACAGAAAUGCAUGUGCGCGUACACGUUUCCACAUAAUACCGACAUAAUGACACAUGCACACUCGGGGCUGAAGUUGACCAGGUGUCCGUAAAUGACGUGUGUGAGGUGGAGAUGCACGGUUUCAAUGUUGAAACUCUUAUGGCACGCAGCCGGGAAAAAAAGGGCUGCAAAUUAAACUUCCUGACUUUGAAGCUGUGCACUUGAAGGUGUCCUGACACAGGCCAGGGUAGGGCAAAAAGUGUGUCGCACACGACAUAAUUCCUUCCCUUUGUUUGAAUAGUUUGUCUUCAGGAAUUGAAUAAAUAAUUUUGGCGGCAUCCCAGUAAUGGUGUCUUUCACCUGAUGUUAUUUUCUGUCAGUUCUCUGUGUGCUCAACCUGGCACAGCGCAAAUGCCUGUUCCGAGCGCUUCAACAAAUCAAAGGUGAGAACUAAUUGUAUCUUGUGCACGUGCACAGUAGCAUUUAAAGUGCUCAAUAAAACAUGGCGUUGUUGCAGAUCUGUGUCUCUCUGUCGAGUUCUGAGUCGACCACAAGCAGGGCAACAUGCACAGCUCUCACUCCUCCUGUGCUGCCGGGAUAGAGACGUGUGCGCUGAUCUUCUGCGAUACGCUCUUGUGUUGACGUUGAUAAUGGUACCAAUGUAUAAUGUCAGGCCAAGUUAACUUUUUCAACAACAGCAGCACCUUAUUAGCAGCCUCAGAAAAACUGGAAUCGAUGCUAAAACUGACCCUGCUCACGUCACUAUGAAGUGCGCGUCAUCCGCUUCGAUAUUAGUGUUUUUUUUGUUUGUUUUUUUUAAACAGACCAGCCAUCUCUGGAGAUUGAAACAGUCUGCUCUCUGAAAAAAAAAUGUUUUUUUGUUUUUUUGCUGAAAUGCACUGCAUUUACGGUUUUGUCACUGAGCAGGAUGUUUUUUGGGUGGAUUUUUCCUUUCCAUGAUGCACAAAUGAGCUCUGUUCUUUGGUUGUCAUGACAACGCGCUUGUUUGUACAGUAGUUUUUCUUUACCAUAGUCGAUUUUUGGCCACGACCAUAGCUUUAGGUAGAUUAACCAACCUCAGAGUCUAGAUUAUGGUGAGGCACACGAACUCGGUAAA